AUGGCCGGCCCUCCCGUCCCGUUCUCCUCCCUCCCGCUCAACAAGUCGCUGGACGCGGCGCGGCUCAACGCCUGGGGCGCCCACGGCGAGACGGACGAGCUCGGCUUCCUCAACCGGCAAACGCCCGAGACGGUGGCGGCGGCGGCGGCGUCGGAGAUCCAGACGGGCGUGCGGGUGCCGCUGGACGCGCCGCUCGACUUCCAGGGCCAGAAGCCGCUGUUCGGGCGGCAGGUGUUCGUCAAGGACGUGUACCAGAAGAAGCCGCGGAUCGUGCACGACGACACGUGGUCGUUCAACACGCAGUCGUCGACGCAGUGGGACGGGCUGCGGCACUUUGGGUACCAAAAGGCCGGGCGGUUCUACAACGACACCACGGUCGAGGACAUUGCGGGCACGUCGGCCAAGGGCGCGCAGAAUCCAAACAUCCUCGGCAUCCACAAGGCCGUCGAGCGCGGCGGCGUCAUGGGCCGCGGGAUCCUCGUCGACUUCCGCCGCUGGAUGGACGAGGGCCCCGGGAAGGAAGUCGUCGGCGACCAGUUCCGCCAGUUCCACACGUCCGGCAUCAAGUUCGGCUGGAUCCAAGACGUCCUCAAGUGGCAGGGCACCACGCCGCGGUUCGGCGACAUCCUCAUCGUGCGCUCGGGCUUCUUCAAGAGUUACCGCGACAUGGUCGCCUCGCCCGAAGGCGAGGCCGAGGUCCAGCGUCUCACGUCCAUGUCGCCGCCCGGCCUGGGUGGCGUCGAACAGUCGGACGAGGUGUUGGAGUGGAUCUGGAACCACUUCUCCGCCGUGGCGAGCGACCACCCCAGCUUCGAGCGCUGGCCCACACCCUUUGACUGGAGCAUGCAUGAGGUGUUGUUGGCCGGCUGGGGGUGCAAUAUCGGCGAGCUGAUGGAUCUGGAGAAGUUGAGCGACGAGUGCAAGAGGCAGGGCCGGUGGAGUUUCUUUGUCGCCAGUGUGCCUUGUUACGUGCCGGGCGGGGUGGCCAGUCCUGUCAAUGGCGUUGCCAUCUUUUAG